GCGUAUGCGCCGUCAGUUGAGACAUAAGCGCCGGUUGACCUACCCGCAAGUCUAGAAAUAAAACAAAACAAUUCCUAUCGGAAUUCAAUGCUUGUGACGAUUAAGUACAGAUAUAUUGUGAUAUAUUUUUAAAAAAGGUGUACCAUAAUGUGACACAGAUGUGACAGUGUUGGAUUAAUUCCAAGUGUUUAGUGAAUUGGGCAUUUCAUAAAGAAUUGCCGUCUUGAGCUUGAUUUCUAUUUUCAGCCCUGAAAGGAUGACUCAUAAGCGCAUUAAAAGAUGAACAACGGUACGAGACGAGCCCUAACCGGCUCGAUACAUAAAAUUAGGGAGUUUGAAUUGGAAAAAGUAUGCUUGGUUGAAGAAUUUGAUAUAUUACAAAUAGUUGGUGAAGGAUGGUUUGGAAAAAUCCUUUUAGUUGAACACAGAGCGUCUGAUACAGAGAUUGUUUUGAAAGCGUUACCAAAGCCUUACGUAUCUAUAAGAGACUUUUACAGAGAAUUCCAUUAUGGCUUACAUUUAAGUGCACACAAAAAUAUUGUCACCACAUUCGAUGUUGCCUUUGAGACUGCCGGAUUUUAUGUAUUCUGUCAGGAAUACGCUCCUUUGGGUGAUCUAACAUCAAAUAUGCUUGAUACAGGAAUAGGAGAAAUUCAUACCAAGAGAGUAGCAAAACAAUUAGCGGCUGCUUUAGAGCAUUUGCACCACAGAGAACUUGUGCACCGGGAUGUAAAAUUAGAUAAUAUUCUUAUAUUUAAGUCAGAUUUCUCAAGGAUCAAAUUAUGUGAUUUUGGAGAAACAAGGAAAGUACAAUCAGUCGUGAGAAGAAGAAACGAAUGGUUGCCGUAUUCACCACCUGAAGUUUUGCGUUUAUCAAUGGAUAGUACCUACAAAGCGUUAAUAAGCCAUGAUAUAUGGCAAUUCGGGGUAGUUAUAUUUAUUUGCCUUACUGGUUGUUUGCCCUGGCAGAAAGCCGCUUUUGACGAUCCACGUUAUUAUAGCUACUACAACUGGUACAAUAGUGCUAACCCUCUUAAGAGACAACCAAAAUUAUGGAAAAUGGUAUCUUCAAAAGCACAAAAAAUGUUUAAAAAGUUUGUCGAACCAAGAAUAGAAAAGAGAGCAACAAACUUUACUGAAUUAUCUCGUUUUGCUGAUGAUCGAUGGAUGGCGAAAGGAUAUACAGAUCGAGUUGCUGGAGGAGAUAUUGAUGAGCUCUGUCCAUCAAUGUAUAGCUUUCACAGUGAUCCUAAUGAAAAAAACAUACUGCUGAAACAUUUUAGGGACAACGGUAUUGAAACUACAGUUGAUCGUCAAGCAAAAAAGCAAAGAAUACGUGAAUGGAUUCAAAACAGCGUUAUCGAAGAAGCGGAUGAAGAGGAGGACAGUGUUUGUGAACCUAGUGCAUACGAUGACAGCGAUGCAGAGUUGGAAGAUAGAUCACGACCUUAUCCGGUAGAUGAAAACCAUACAAAAAGAACUCUUCGUUACGCCACCGAAAAACACAUCAACCCGAGAACAGGAGAAAUUAUAGAUGGUGUCAGUCGAGCAGCAGACAAAAACCCCCUUUCUUAUGAUGUACAAAAUUUAGAACCAGUAGCACCAGCAAAUGUGGUCCGACGAUACGGUGUCAAAGAAGAAUCCCUGUCACACAGUUCAACAAAAGAUAGUGCUUAUGGAUCAAUUGAAACUUCAACACAAAAUGUUAAUAACAAAACAGAAAGAUACUUAUCACCCGUUGAUAAAAUUUCAAAUAGCUCGCCUAGCAGAUCAUUAAGUGCUACAUCCCUUCAGCAAAAAUCACCCUCCGUUAGUACUUUAUCUUCCCACGCGCAGAGAUUUCAAAAGAGUGAGGAAGUAUUUAAAGAACUAGAAAACACAAGAGAUAGUAAUUCCACGCUUCAUUCUAUAGGCAAUUCUUCUAGAUCAAACAGUAUUCAGGUAACUCGCAAUAGUUCUCUUGAAAGCAACAAAAAUGCAAAUGAUGUGCUGCAAGAAACCGAUAACACUAAUAACACACCAAGUUCUAACAAUCCUGUUAUAACACAAAAUGGAUUUAGUCCUGGUACAAAGCAUCAAGAAAUAUCUAACAGCAAUGAAAAUGAACAGUACGUCUCUAUGAAAAGUUCGGCGUAUGAAAAUGUCAGUUCCAGAAAUGAAACACUGAAACAUCAAAAAUUGGAAAAUAAUGUACAAAAUGAAAAUAACCAGCCAAUAGACAGUCCCUAUACUUCUAUGAUGAACAUAGUUCAAGGACAAAUAAAAAUAAGUCCACACGCCAAAGAAAUCAAUAGAAAUGUUGUGAAUGUUUCAGUGACUCAAGUUAGUCACAAAAAGAAAAUAUAAAUUUGCUCAAUAUUUUUGAAAUGAACAUUAUACUUAUAGUGCAUACAUUUUGAGAGCAUACUCGCCGUAAUAUUAUUAACUGGCAUCUCAAAAGUACGCUUUUGGGCAAAUAUGGCGAGUGCGUUUUCAAAAUUGAUGCAUUAGGUAUACUUACCUACCUACGUAGUUUUAAGUGCGAAUUUUUACACGUUGACGGUCCAAAAUAUCUUUAAACCUUUAUAAUGUAUUAUUAUGUGUAGUUAUUAGGUUUUAUAUCUAAAUAUAGAUUUAUGGUCGCUAAUAAGUUAUAGAUAAUCAUAAAAUUUACAUCCGACUUUAGGCAGUCCACAUUCAGACAUACUACAUGAUUUAUAAGUUUAUAGAUUAAGUUCCAAUCUCAUAAUAAUUGUACGCUUGUUAAAAUAAAAACUUACAAUCAGGGCCUAGGGCUCUUUAUUCAAAAAAGUUGUUUAAAUACAAAAGUUUUUGCAGUAAAGACAUUUUACAAGAAUCAUUAUUAUUAAUUAAUGUUUAUAAUGCAUACGUAUUAUGUUUAUUAAACUUAUUAUUAAUUCAGACUGUAUAUUACUUCCUACAUAGUUAUAUCAGAAUUUAAAUCUUCAAUUAUUUAACUGAGGAAUUAAUUUCACGUAUUGACACUUGAGAGUCUAUCAAAACGAAAUAAUUCGUCGGUUUAAGUAGUUCAAGUUUAUUUAGCGAUUGAAAAAUCAGCCCUUAAUUGUCAUAAAAACAUUAAGCGAAGACACCAAAUAGAAUAAGUACAAAAUAAAUAUAGGUACCUACUUGUCCA